UCGCACAGUUCACAGAUUUUCAUAACAAAUAAAAACACCAGCACAGUACAUCAGUUGAUCAUAAAAAGUCAGUAAUAUUUAUAAAAUAUAAUAAUGUCGGAAAAGGAAGUUAGAGAUGAUACACAAGCAAAUGGUGAUCAAAGUUUGCAAGCGAUAUUUACCAAAGGCUGGGAAGGAUACGAGGAAUUGGAAGAAACUUCUCUGCCAUUCAACUCCACUGAAUACCAACGCAAAGUUAAGGAUGCUAUGACCAAAUUUGAAGAAGCCACAACUGUUGUAAAUCAGAUUGGUCUAUUCAGCCCUAAUGAGCUUAUUGAUGAAGUAUCAACAGAUUCGUUGCAAUAUUUGAUGCUCCCCUUCUUUUUGGGUAAAGUGUCAUUAAAACUUCAACAAGAAAGUCGUGACGAAGUACUCCAAAUUGCUGAAGUAUAUUUUAAAGACUUUUUACAGCGCUGUCAAGAAUAUGAGUUAUGUGAAGAACAUAAAGAGCAUAAAAAUAAUGCAGCUGGUGCCGAAGGUAAUACAGAUGAAUUAGCACAACUUAUGCGUGCAGCUCAUGCACGCAAUGACAAAAUUGCACAAUUCAGAAAAAAGAAAGAGUUGGAAGAAUUUGUGAAGAAAAUGAAACUUGCAGUACGCAAUAAAAGUGUAGAUGAUGAAGUGCGUAGAGAAUAUUUCUUAAAACUACUGAAUAAAAGCAUUAUCGAUGCUAAUGAGGAAUUGGAUAGUAUACAGUUGGAAAAACAAAUGGUACAAAUGCGUACAAUGCAAGGUACAAAACCUAUUGAGCAUUUCGACAAUGCUAAUGCAACAACAACUUCAGAGACAGCUGGACAUUCACAUCAGCAUCAUCAUCAUCACCACCACCAUCCUCAGCAACCUAAGAAAAAACCUAUGCAACCAUUCAUUAUCACUCGUAACUCUGCACAAAAGGCAGUUUUCGGCGCGGGCUAUCCAAGUUUGCCAGUGAUGACUGUCGAUGAGUUCUACGAUCAACGUGUGCGCGAUGGAGUUUUCCCUGAUGAAGAAAAAGUUGCCAAAAUGAAUCGUGAACAAGCAAUAGCCGCUGCACAAGAUCCCAAUGAAAAGGAAGAUCAAGAGAAGGCUGUUGAAGAGUUACAAAUCGAGAAUGAUGAUCCAGAAUAUUUAGAGCGCAUGCGUCGUAUGGAUGAGUACAAAGAUGUUGUGCGUCGCGGCGAUGGCAAUCGUUACAAUCGCAGUUGAAUUACUAUCAAAGAUUUAUUACUUACAAUUCUGUACUAAUAAAACACGUUUCUCAUUUGUCUAUGGCUAUAUUUGAACAUUUUUAUAAUUUAAUAAAAAUAAAAAUUUAAUCAAUUAUGUAUUCAACAUUA